CGCACGUGUUGCUCGUCACAUAUCAAAAAACUUCGUGUAUAAAACAAACAUCAUAAUACUUGAACCUUCCCGCUUCGUUGGAUCGGCGCGUGUGCUGUGAAAUAUUUGUAUUUUUUUGUUACAAAAGUGCCUUUACCUGUGUUUUUCUGCAGUCCACCGAUGUGUAGCAGGUAAUGUGGGCGAAGGCAAUGGGCGGGCGCGGUGCGGCGCUUUGGCGCGUCGCGGCGUUGCUCGCCGUCGCGGCCGCCGUCACAACCGCCUACACGGUCGACUGCAACCACGAAUACGCGGACUGCGAUACCGAACUCAGUAAAAUAGCUAACGACGAAGAAGAAGUGCCAUCAACUACGUCAUCACAAACACUAGAGACAUUACCUCCAAUCUCAACUCCUACACCAAGAAUAAUAGAAGUGACAGAAAACGUGACCGAAGCAGAAUUGACGAAAGAAGCAGAAGUGACAACAGAAGCUCAAGAAGCUAUCGAACCAAAACCACAACCUAGACUACUCAAUUUAAAUGUAGAUGAACUUCAAAACUUCGCAAACGCACUACACAAUCAGACUAUCGAGAAGAGCAGUAAAAAGGGUUUGGAUUUGAGUGACGUAAAUCUUGAUGAAGAAGACGACGAAGUUCCGAGGAUACACGAUCACAAGAACAAGAAUAUUCCGGACAAAUUUUAUUCAAAUUUACAAGCGCCUUUCCAUCAUUUACUGAAUAACGAACGGGGCUCAGAUGAAAUCGGAACCUGCAAAGAAAACGAAAUCAGUUAUAAGAUCGGUGAUCAUAUGGAUCGUGGAUGCGAAGAAUCAUGUGAGUGUACUCCGGGCGGCGUUUUCGAAUGUUCACCGCGCUGUAAACAUCCUUACAUUCGCAGCGGGCGACGAUUGAACGAUCCCUUAUGCUUUGAAUCUCCUGUAGACAGCUGCUGCUCUAUUAUCGCUUGUUCCACUGGUAAUGGAGAUACUAAGCCAAUGAAACUAGAUGUUUGCCGCUACGGGAACGAUACAUACCCGGUCGGAACCAAAUGGAAUAUCGGAUGUGAACAGAGCUGCACGUGCGAACCUAAUUCUGUAGCUACGUGCAAACCUCGAUGCAAACAAUACAGUCCGUCCGAGAAAUGUAUCAACGUCCAAGAUCCGAAUGACGCGUGCUGCGAGAUCCAAGUGUGCGAUGUAUCACAAGACGUUCACGAAGAACCGCCUGAUAACGUCACAUCUUCUACGACAAGCGCUAGUGAGACGGCAAGAAGCUUUGAUAUGUCGGAAGAAUUAAAAUCGACCAGUAGACCCCUCGUCUUAGCUGAACCCAUCGGCUCAGUCAAAGUACUGAACAAUAACUCAGUCCAAGUCAAUCUCAUCCACGUGAACACAACUGAAGAUCCAGUCCAUUUACUAUUAAGCGAUGAUGGCGGAAAAACAUAUCAAGACGUAGAACUUAAGUACUCGAAUUUGAUUCUUAAUCUUGACGGCGGUAAAGAUUACAUUCUGAAAACAAAAGAAACCGGUACUAAAUUUAACUUCACUAUAACGACAACAGCCUUCGCUGAGAAUGAAGUGAAGGUUGGAGCAGAAGAUAUGAGAAACGAUACCAAAGAAGGGUGUUAUGAAAAUGGAAAGUUUUAUGAAAUUGGCGAAGAGUUCCAUAUCGGAUGCUCGGAGUUGUGCGAGUGUACCGGCCCGGACAAGCGGGAGUGCGCGGCCCUGGUGUGUCCGUCGCAUGUGGGCCUGGAGCUGAUGUCCAAGGGCUGCGUGCGGUGGGCGCCCUCACCGCCCGCGGUGCCGCCCAACUGCUGCCCGCGGUCCGCCAGGUGCCUCAGCGAUGGAACCUGCCAUUACAAGGGAGUCGCUGUGCCUAACUGGAGUGAAGUCCCUCUCGACCUCACGGGCUGCGAGCAACGCUGUUUCUGCGAGAACGGAGAGCUGGACUGCCAGGAGGUCUGCUCUCCAUUACCAGCGGUUCCGCCUCAAAAUUUCAGAUGUCCACCUUUGCACAGGCCAGCACCCGUCAAUAUAUCUGACGAGGAUUGUUGUAAGGAAUGGGGAUGUGUACCCAAUGGCGAAGCACCUCCGCCACCACCAGGGUUCCCUCAACAAGAUUCUCGUCCCCAACAACCCUCCUUCCUUCCAACUAUUCCCCCAGAGAUCCACUUUCCGCAAGACGAUAUUCCAGAUUACGACCAGAAUAACAUUCAUCGUCCCAGCAAUCCUUUGGAGCCGGGCAUACAAGGAUUACCUCCAGGAUUUUCAAUGCCAACGAACUAUGGAGAAGUUAAUAAGAAAUUAUCUGUAAUUAGUCUUCAAGCGGACUCUCCGAACAGUGUGAAGAUGAUGUUCGGACUUCCUCCCGUUCUGGUAGGGCUACGUGGAAGUGUGGACUUGAGAUAUACUGAUAAGGUAGACGAAGAUGUAUCUCAAUGGAGUUCCCAAGUGUUCGCUCCGGCCGACGAGGUGCUGACCACGCCGCGCUUGGAGUUCCGACUGACAGGCCUGAAGCCGUCGACAACGUACAAGAUCCGGGCGAAGCUUUACCUCCACAACUUACCCGUCGAACCGAAAAGCGAAGUCUAUACUGUUCGGACCCAGGACGCGCCGACUAUCGAAACACCGGUUGAAGAGAAACGCAAAGAAAUUGACAGUAAACUAACAGUUUUGGAAGUCAACGAUACAACAGCACAGCUCAACUGGAGACGCUUCUCUGAGGAAGAACUGCAGUACAUUGAUGGCAUACAAGUCAGGUAUCGUCCAGUGGGCACGCCUAUAUACAGCAUGACGGAGCUCCUCCACCACAGCAGACCUGCAGUAGAACUGCACGAGCUGCGUCCAGGAACUCCAUACGAAGCCUCGCUGGUCCUGAUCCCUCCUCCGCGGAGUAACACAGAACUGAUAGACCCUGGACGCGUGGAGUUUACCACUGCGCCUUAUACCGAUCCGUACAACUGGUCGGUGACGGUGGAGGCGUUGUCGGUGGGCGCGGGCGCGGUGCAGGUGUCGUGGCGCGGCGUGCCGGCGCCGGCCGAGCGCUGGGUGCGCGUGUACCGAGCCGCGCACUCGUGCGGGCGGCGGGCGGCGGGCGGGGCGCGGGCCGCGGGGAGGGAGCACGACGCCUUCACACUCGCCGCGAGGGACGCGCCGACCACGCUCACUCUCAGCGGCCUGGAACCGGAUUCAAGAUGUCGCGUUUGGCUCGAACUGUUCCUGACGAACGGGAAAGUGAAGACAAGCAACGUGCUGGAGAUCAACACGAGGCCGGCGGACGAGCCUGAGGACGUGGACAAUGAAAUCGAAGCAUCCUCAGUAUCCGGCAGCCGCAGUGCAGAGCGCGGGGACUACUACGGAGGGCUGGUCGUCGCCGGAGUGCUGGCGGCCCUCGGGGCGCUGACCUCCCUACUGUUGCUGCUCGUUGUGGUCAGACGACACCGCCCUAGAUCCGUGCCCAUCACACCAGUACCAACAGCUCCGAGAGAGUCGUCUCUUCCUCCCUACGACAAUCCUGCGUACAAACUAGAAUUACAACAGGAGACAAUGGAUCUCUGACAAUUAAGUUCCCGUGAGCGUGGCGGCCUUAACGGGAUUUCUGAACGCGGGAUCGACGUACCGGACUCCCACAACGGGAGGACCAACACGGAUAUGGGAGUCUGAGCAUCGAAACCAAACGUACGAUUGAUCACUUCAAAGAAAGAUUUCCAGCUUCAAAUCUAAGUGUCGAUUUUUUUAAAUAUAACGGUUCUAAGGAAACUGUUCGCACGCCAUCUAUUGUUGAUGGUACUAAAUUAAAAAUGGACGUAUCAAUAACGUUUAUCCACUCACUCGAAAGAACAAUGGACGAACGCAGAUAAGACGAACAUACGUUUUGUAUCGAACAAAGAAACAAUAUUGCAUUAAACGCUCAAAAACAUAGAAAAAACAGAAAUGGAUUACCAAGUCAAAUUCAGAAUUUUUUUAAACAGCGACGUCUAUCCACUGCGAUUGGAACUACUGAAUCAUGAGUGGUGGUUGAUGCUCCCGAAUAUGCAAUCAAUUAUGGAGAAAAUAUCACACAUAUUUAAGAAACUGGGAUUUCAAAAUUAUAAUAGCAUUAGUGUAUUAUAAUCACAAGAAUAUUAAGAAUGUGAAAGUAUUGUCGUUGGGUUAAACUUUUUUCAGUAAAGGAUAAAAAAAUUGGCACAGGGAUCUGGAAUCGGCCGCGGAAUCACACUUUCCUCGAAUGUUUCAAUGUUUUGUAUUAAGACAACGGAAGUCGCGUGACACAACGCAAUACUAAAACUCAUAUUCGGAUCUGUUUUGUGAAGAUUAAUGACGUGCAAUACGGAAAUGCUUUUUUAAUGUGAUCAACCAAAGUGCGCGUUUGACUUGAGUGACUAUAAACUGUUACACAGUGAAUGUAAAUAAAUAAGUGAAAAUAAAGUUUUGUACCAGAUUUA